GUUUCCAAUCCCUCAAGAACACGUGAGUGUUCGGCUUAGUACGAACAUUUUCCGAGCGUAAAUAGAUUCCCUGUCAGGUUUUCCACGGAUUCAUCGCCAAGCAAUGAAAAUUAUCCCAUUUCCCUCAUUCGCCACUUAUUUUUCACCGCAUACGGUUCUACGACACACAUUUAGCUGUCGCCAUUUUUAUCCGAUCAGUUUUCCUUCUGUCUAAAUGGAAAUCUACAAAAAAGAUGGAUUUUUUCAAAAAUAUUGUGAGAGUGCUCGGAAAAAUUUCAGCCAGAAUGAAUUUAAUGACUUCGCGCAACUAGACCGUGACAAAAAGCGAUUCCAGUUGAUUAACUCUUCGAAAUCAAUCAUAACCGAGUUGAAAUUAGCACGUGAAUAUAAUGGAAAAAAUCUUCAACAAUCGCUCAACUUCAAGAACCUCGGGAACAAGGCUUUCCAAAGGGAAAGCUGGAACGAAGCGUUGGCAUACUACAACAUGUGCUAUAUGGCUACACCCGGUAGCAAUGACAUGGAAAGAGCUAUCAUUCUUGCAAACCGGUCAGCAGCGUUAUAUCAUUUGGAAAAAUACGAUUUAGCGUUAGAAGAUAUUCAACGAGCGAUCCGCUUCAAUUAUCCUAAAGAUAUGAUGUAUAAGUUAACGGAACGCCAGGCGCGUUGUUAUCUUGGCAAAAAGGAUCAUGUUAGCGCACUGAAAUGCUUCAAAGACACUCUACCAGCUUUGGACGCAUGUAAACUACCUCUCGAACGUCGUCAAAAAUUGGAGCGCGAUGCACAAAUAAUGAUUAACUUACUUCCGAAAAACAUCGAAGCAGAAAAGAAAUUAGCAAAAAGCAAGAAACCAUCCAAUCCUACUCCAAAGAAGUCCACUGUACCAACGCACUACGUUGAUAGUUCGCUCUAUUUUGAUUACACCGUAGACGAGGGCAGAUUCGCUAGGACCAAGAGUGACCUAAAACCGAACACAAUUCUUUUGCUGGAAAAACCGCAUGUAUCCGUACUGCUAGAAGAGUACAGUUUGAGCCACUGCAGCAAUUGCUUCAAGCGUGUAACUGUUCCUAUUUGCUGCUCGCAAUGCUCCGAUGUGAUCUUUUGCUCCGAAGAAUGCGAAAAAAUGGCCACCACAACCUAUCACCAGUAUGAAUGUGGAUUUUUGCCUAUUUUCUGGAAAUCUGGUGCCUCAAUAACCUGUCAUAUGGCGUUGCGAAUAAUCACGCAGAAAACGGAGGAAUAUUUCUUGAAACUACGUCCUGAGCUUCAGAACCUAGAAAGUGGUACAUUUGAUAAGUUACCUAUUGAUGAUUAUAGGAGAGUUUACCAGUUGGUGACUCAUGAAAAGACACGAUCACCAGAAGACUUUUUCCAGCGAACAUUGAUGGCGACUUUACUGAACGCAUGCCUUGUGCUUGGCGGAUAUUAUAAAACUAAAGACAGUGAAAGCUUCAUUGGAGGUCUUCUCCUACACAACCUCCAGUUUCUGCAGUUCAACGCCCAUGAAAUUUCUGAACUGCAGCGUGAAAAUGAACGCGAUAUAGGAAAAUCCGUUUUCAUCGGAGGUGGUCUGUAUCCUACAUUGGCACUGUUCAACCAUUCUUGUGAACCGGGCGUCACUCGGUUCUAUCGUGGAAACUCCGUAUGUGUUCGCACGGUUAAGCGCAUUCCAGCUGGAUCAAUGGUUGCGGAAAAUUAUGGACCAUUGUUUACCCAAGUGAAUCGUGAGGAACGUCGCAAUACGCUACUCAAUCAGUACAAGUUUACGUGCACCUGUCGGGCAUGUACGGAGCUCUGGCCUAAGUUUGCGGAUAUGGAUCCUAACAUGUUGCGUUUUAAAUGCGACAGCGGAAAACCUUGCAACAAUGUUCUGUUGAUUCCAGCGGAAAUCAACGAGUUCAUGAUACUUUGUACGGAGUGUGGUGAACAUACUAACAUUAUGAAAGGACUCAAAUCGCUACAGGAUACCGAUAUGCUCUUCAAAUCGGCAACUAAACUCCACGAUGCCGGGCAAUACGAGUUGGCCUUAUUGAAGUAUGUGGAAAUGUUGAACAUUUUAGAUGAAGUGUUGGUGCCCCCGUACCGUGAUUUUCAUUUGUGCCAGCAAGGGUUGAGGGCAUGUAUGCUGGAAUUUGGAAACCGUUACAUUGCAACAACUGCUAAAAAAUAAUCGAC